AUGCCACCGGUCAAACGCAAGGCGACUGACAGUGGUCGGUCCAGUAGAGCGUCGAAACGUCCCACCCCCGUGCCUGACGCUCCGGAAAUUGGCAGUAGCGAUGAGUACUCGGACUGGGAGCAGGAUACGAAGAAGGACAACCUGAAAGGCCUGGUUGACAAGUUCUCCCUCGAAUCGUUCAACAAGAAGACUCAGAACCAAGAUCCGAACUUUGGGUACAGGGACUUCUCUUCCCUCCCUUUGAAGCCCGACCAUGCGAACCGCCCCCUAUGGAUCGAUCCGCUGAAAGGCACCAUCACACUCGAGAGUUUCUCCCCGCUCGCUCCGCAGGCGCAAGAUUUCCUCACUACGAUCGCCGAACCGUUGUCGCGUCCCACGCAUCUACACGAAUAUCGAUUGACGGGAAACAGUUUAUAUGCUGCUGUGUCGGUUGGUCUUCUGCCGCAGGAUAUCAUCAACUUCUUGGACCGGUUGACGAAGACGCCACUUCCGGAAUCGAUCAAAACGUUCAUCGUGGAAUUCACAAAGUCGUAUGGAAAGAUCAAGGUCGUCUUGAAGCAUAACCGGUUUUUCGUGGAGAGUACCGAUCCGGACAUGCUGCAGAUGCUGCUUCAGGAUGAAGUUAUUGGGUCCCAGCGCGUGCAGGCAUCAGAGGGUAUUACCCAGCAAGCAGCUCCGAAAAUGGGCGGUCUUGUCAUUCCCGGAACCAGGGAUGCUGCCGGUGUCAGAGAAACGUCAGACCAGAAACCUGUGGACGAAAAUGCUGGCAGCCGUCCGGAAGAUGAUAUCCUUCUAGCUAUACGCGAUGAAGAUGACGAUGACGAGCAGGCACAGGUGCAUAGUUUCGAGAUUCCAAAUGAGGCAGUCGAACCUGUCAAGGCACGCUGUCAAGCCAUGGGGUGUCCCGCGCUGGAGGAGUACGACUUCCGGAAUGAUGAAAUCAACCCGACGCUGGACAUCGAUCUGAAGCCGGCAGCCCGUAUCCGAAGCUACCAGGAAAAGAGCCUGAGUAAGAUGUUUGGUAACGGACGUGCGAAGAGUGGUAUCAUUGUCCUGCCUUGUGGUGCGGGAAAGACGCUUGUUGGUAUCACCGCUGCUUGCACAAUCAAGAAGGGGACAAUCAUCCUUUGCACUAGCUCUAUGUCAGUCGUGCAGUGGAGAAACGAGUUCUUGCGAUGGUCGAAUAUUGACCCCGGCGAUAUCGCGGUUUUCACAUCUGACAACAAGGAGAAAUUCCGUCGGUCAACCGGUAUCAUUGUUUCCACCUAUUCAAUGGUCUCUCAAACGAGAGCACGAUCUUACGACGCACAGAAAAUGAUGGAUUGGAUCCAGUCGCGGGAAUGGGGUCUCAUGAUUCUUGACGAAGUCCACGUCGUGCCCGCGAUCAUGUUCCGAAAGGUCACCUCAGCUAUUGCCACUCAAAGCAAGCUUGGGUUGACUGCCACCCUUCUGCGUGAAGACGAUAAAAUCAAAGAUCUGAACUUCCUCAUUGGUCCCAAGCUAUAUGAAGCGAACUGGAUGGAACUUGCAGAGCAAGGUCAUAUUGCCAAGGUUCAAUGCGCCGAAGUGUGGUGUCCAAUGACCACAGAAUUUUAUACCGAAUACAUGCGGGAGAAGUCAAGAAAGGCCGCUCUCUUGUAUACCAUGAACCCUCGCAAGUUUCAGGCGUGCCAAUUCCUUAUCGACUACCAUGAAAAACGAGGGGAUAAAGUCAUUGUCUUCUCGGACAACGUUUACGCUCUUGAGAAGUACGCGCUCAAGCUGAAGAAGGCCUAUAUUUACGGAGGAACUCCUCAGAAUGAGCGCAUGCGUAUCCUUGAGAACUUCCAACACAACGAGCAAGUCAACACAAUCUUCCUCUCCAAGAUUGGUGACACUUCGCUCGACUUACCCGAAGCUACCUGCCUAAUCCAAAUUUCCUCGCACUAUGGUUCCCGUCGUCAGGAAGCACAACGCCUAGGUCGUAUUCUCCGAGCUAAGCGCCGAAACGACGAGGGCUUCAACGCGUUUUUUUACUCCCUAGUCUCGAAAGACACAGACGAGAUGUUCUAUUCCUCCAAACGUCAAGCAUUCUUGGUAGACCAAGGCUACGCCUUCAAGGUCAUCACUCAUCUACAGGGCAUCGAGAACUUAGAAGGACUUGCGUAUGCCACGCCAUCGGAGCGCCGCGAGCUAUUGCAAGAAGUCAUGCUGCAGAAUGAAAGCUCCGCAGACGUGGAGAACGUCACGGACGACCUCUUCUCUGAAAGAUCCGGCGCCAACAGAGCUAGAGCCAAGGGCGGUGUUAAGAGGAGUGCUGCUACGCUCAGUGGGCUGGCUGGUGGUGAGGACAUGGCGUAUAUUGAAUAUAACAAGAGCAGGAAUAAGCAGCUCAGGGAGAAACAGCGUCACCCGUUGUUCCGCAAGCUGGAGCGCGAGCGCCAGAAGAGGAAGAAGGAGAUGGAAGACUUCAACCGGUAG